AUGUUGGCAAAGCGAACCAUCACAAGUGUGAGCCUCGUUGAGCAGUUGCUUGAACACAUUAGCCUCAACGACAAGGGGCGCAAUCUCCGGGCCGUGCUAAGCACUGCACCUCGUGAUACCCUCAUCAAGGCUGCGUCUCAAUUGGACGACGAAAGAGCUCAAGGAAAGCUCCGUGGGCCUCUGCAUGGUAUUCCCAUUCUUAUAAAAGUACGUACGUCUCGGGCGACUGUCUGACGCCUACGACCCUUGCUGAUCAUGGAUCGGACGCUAUCAAUACUCACCCCAGCCUUGGCAUGCCAACAACAGUAGGAAGCUUUGCCUUGGUCGAUGCCAAGCCCGCGGGAAACGCUGACGUAGUCGAGGAGGUAAGUACAAGCUUCCCACUCUUGUGAGGCAGAAUUGCUAACUCGGCCUUACUCAGCUAAUCAAGGAUGGACUGAUCAUUCUCGCCAAAACCAAUCUAAAUGUCCGUAUCCUUUCAUCCGUUCUAAGUAUCGAAUACUGACACUUCUCCCAGGAAUUCUGCAAUUGAAAGUGCGUUCUGUUUAGAGGGAUAUAUGAUAAAGAUCCAGACUGACCUGUUUUCUAGGGGCUUCAACUCUAUUAAUGGAUUUUCUGCCGUUGGCGGCCAAACCAAUUCUGCCUACAUCAAGGGUGGACUACAGGAUGGAGAAGCAGCAAUGGGCCACUCGGUAACCUCAAACUCCAGUAUCACGCGAUCCCAUACUGAUCAUCCCAGAGCCCCCUAGGUUCAUCAACAGGGUCAGCAGUGGGAGUUUCUGCGGGAUACAGCCCUGUAGCAUUAGGGACAGAGACCGAAGGAUAUUUGGUGCAGCCUGCUGCAAGAGCAGCUUUGUAUGCACUCAAGCCGACCCCAGGGAGUGUCAAGAUGGAUGGAGUGUGGACAUUGUCGCAUCAUUUUGACGCUAUCGGAGGCAUGGCUAAGUCCGUCACUGAUCUGGCCCUCAUAACUGAACUCCUUCAUACAGAUCAAGUUCGCUCAACAUUGCCCAAAGACAGCUAUCUAUCAAUUCUCAGCAAAGAUUUCGAGAAUUUGAAAGUCGGAUUUCUUGAUCCUAUUCUAUGGCACCUACCGGAAGGAUUGUGCCCGCAAAUUCCGAAUGUGGUUCAGGAAUUGGUAUGAACUCGUUGAUACGCAUGUCAACUUCGCUGACUUUUUACAAGAAUGAGGCCUACGAGCAAGCCAUUGAAAAGAUCAAGGCUUCCGGGGCUCAUGUCGAGUAUCCAGUUCCACUUCCUAGUUUCGACAAGUUGACGAUUCCUGAUGACGAAAUGACGGCGAUGGAAGUUAUCAUUUGUAAGUUGUUGUGUGUUUCUGGACAUCACCAGCGGCUAUUAACACAGAAUAGUACGAGAAUACUCGAGAAACAUUGACCAGUACCUCGGAGACCUCCAAGACUGUAAAGUCCGAACCACCGCCGAAUUGAUUGCGUGGAAUGAGGAGCACGCAGAGAUUGAGAUGCCAUUUGGUAAGCCCGACAUGAUAGAUACAAGUAGUGUUCACUACCAUACUCACCGAUAUCAGAUCAUGCCAAUCAGCAACGAUUGAUCCAGGCAUACAAGGAAAGACCUACCGCCGAGCGAUAUGACGAGGCUCGCCGGCACAUGAAAAAGGUGGUGAUCGAGGACGGGUUUGAACCUCUAUUCAGCGGGAAGGGUCUUGACCUCGUUGCAGUCCCACAGGAUAGUAGAAUACCCAGCAUGGCAACAGCUUCAGGUGAGUGUUCUUCUCUUCUCUCCAUCAUACCGACGCAUUCUUGAUAUAAGACUUCUGACAUGGUUUUUUUUACCCAGGCUAUCCCAUUGCCACUGUGCCACUUGGUGUUCUGAAAGACUAUGGACGUCCAUUCGGCCUCGCUGUCAUGGCAAAAGCAGGGCGUGAGGACAUCCUAUUCAAGUUCAUGAGUGCCUUUGAAGCCACUUUUCCAAAGAGGGCCAUCCCUACUUUGCUAUUGCAGCCAAUUACUGAAACUGUCAGCCCCGAGAUGAACGACACCGUCCAUGGGACUAAAGGCGAUAACUGGCGUCGCAAGAGCAAUCAGGAACUGUAG